AUGCAAUUUCAACAACGUACCUUGCAUAUUACGGAUAUUCAUCUCAACGUUAAACAAGACUCCCUCACCUCUGUUUUUACCAAAUAUGGAAAAAUCACAAAUGUCAAAAUGCAAACACAAG